UCCUGUUUACACGCAGCACACCGUCACUAGCAAACGCUCAGUACCUAAAUUGCAUUUGAUUUUUCAUUAUUAUUUUUUUUAAUUUUAUUUUGUUUAUCGAAGAAGAAAUGGCUGGAGUAGAAUUUUCGUCGCCGGUUAAACGAAAUAUCAAAGGAAAGUUUGUUUGUUCACGUCAACGUGAAAUGAUAAUCAAUGCGUAUAAAUCCAAAUUAGCAGUCGAUCCAAAUUUGACUGUUAGAAAGGCGCGCGAAAUCCUCUCUAAGGAAUUGGGAAUUGGUCAAAAGACAAUUUCAAACACAAUUGCCCAAUAUCGCGAAAGCAAAACAGUUUCUUCGCCAAACAAAAUAAAAAUUUUCAAAAACGUUGAAACAAAAGUAGACGAUUUUGAUAAAUAUGCCAUCAGAAGGAAAAUCCAUCAGUUUUGGUUUAAUCGUGAACUGCCGACGUUAGAUAAAAUUUUGACGGUAGUUAAUGAAGAUAAAAGUCUACCAAAUUUCUCCCGCACAUCAUUAUAUCGAUUAAUGAAAUCCAUGGAAUUCGAAUAUGCUAAACGAGGUCGUAACAGCGCAGUUACGUCUUCGUGCAUUGGCACGAUAUCCGAGUAUUUUGGUUUGCGAUUGGCGGUGAAAUGA